AUGUGUGUUGGACUAACAAGUGGAUCCAAUAUCUGUAUACAGCCAGAAUCUGAUAUUGUGCCAACAACAGCCACUACACCUACAACUUCUACGUCUACAUUCCCAGCUACCACCACGACAUCUCCAACUAUCACCACUGUACCUCCAACUACCACCACAGCACCUCCAACUACCACCACAGCACCACCAACUACCACCACUGCACCUCCAACUACCACCACUGCACCUCUAACUACCACCACUGCACCUCCAACUACCACCACAGCACCUCCAACUCCCACCACUGCACCUCCAACUACCACCACAGCACCCCCAACUACCACCACUGCACCCCCAACUACCACCACGGCACCCCCAACUACCACCACUGCACCUCCAACUACCUCCACUGUACAUCAAACUACCACCACAGCACCUCCAACUACCACCACUGCACCUCCAACUACCACCACUGCACCUCCAACUACCACCACUUCACCUCCAACUACCACCACUGAACAUCAAACUACCACCACAGCACCUCCAACUACCACCACUGCACCUCCAACUACCACCACGGCACCCCCAACUACCACCACAGCACCUCCAACUACCACCACAGCACCUCCAACUACCACCACUGUACAUCAAGCUACCACCACUGCACCUCCAACUACCACCGCAGCACCACCAACUACCACCACUGCACCUCCAACUACCACCACUGCACCUCCAACUACCACCACAGCACCUCCAACUACCACCACUGAACAUCAAACUACCACCACAGCACCUCCAACUACCACCACUGCACCUCCAACUACCACCACGGCACCCCCAACUACCACCACAGCACCUCCAACUACCACCACAGCACCUCCAACUACCACCACUGUACAUCAAGCUACCACCACUGCACCUCCAACUACCACCGCAGCACCACCAACUACCACCACUGCACCUCCAACUACCACCACUGCACCUCCAACUACCACCACAGCACCUCCAACUACCACCACUGUACAUCAAACUACAACCACAACAGCCACUCCAAUUAUUACCACCACAUCUCUAACUUCCACCACUGCACCUCCAACUAUCACUUCAACAAUCCCUAUAACAACCACUUCACCUUCAACUUCCACCGCAACAGCUCCAACCACAACCACUUCUCCAACUACCACCACGACAUCUCCAAAUACCCCCACUGCACCUCCAACUACCACCAAAAUAUUUCCAAACAUGACUCAAAUAGCUGUAAAUUCUACCACUACAACUGCUCCUUUUACAACUCCAACUACCACGGCUGUACCUACCACUACGCCAGUCUUCAUCAUAUCGUCUUACCAAGUCCUGGACGUAUUUGGUGACUACGCAAGCGCAGACAGUGCGUGUGCAGCUCUAGGAGGAAUCAUACCAGACUUCAAGAAUCAAUCAGAGAUCAAUGGAAUUUUACCACUCUUACAAAAUACAACAGUUCGUUGUAACGGUUGUCCUAUGGAUGGUAUGAUCCACGAGAACUCGUCAGUCAUCAUAACCUCGCCGAACUAUCCGCAAGAAUACGGAUGUUUCGUUGAUUGCACGUGUCCACUAAAGGCUGAGAACAUUGGCCUUAAACUACGGCUCGACCUGUUUGUCAACAAUUUGGAAAGCAAUUGUGAUUACUUAGUCAUUUACGACGGUCCUAACACGACAAGUCCAGGAUUCGGUAAAUACGACGGCGUGAACGUGAACCACAUAUUGGUAAGUAGUACGGAUGAGGUAUUACUUAGGUUCACCACCGACCUCAGUGUCACCAGAGCGGGCUUCAGUCUGACCGUGUCCACAGUAAGCGCCUCAGUCAACAGUUCUGGACAUACAACGCUAUCAUCUGUCAGAGCUCUAUCCAAACAUUUCUGGAUUGGAGGAUCAAUGAGUAGCGUCACGCGAUCGUGGAUUUUUUCUGACGGUUCCACAGUGCCAAAUAACAUGGUCCCUUACCUUGACUACGGAUGGGACUACUAUAAUGAUUACGAUUACUACUAUGAGAGCCUGCCAUUGGUCGACUUUCGGCGGGCCAUCAAAUCAACAGGGACAUUUGAGGCUCUUUUCCAGGAUUGGCAGUGUUACACUAUCUGUGGACAUCCGUAG